CGCGUGCUGCUCCCUGCCUCAGUUGCAGAAAAUAACGCUCUACAGAAGCCAGUCUUCGAGGGCGGUUAUGUGUGAAUCCAGGUCAAAGAUUAUGUCAGCACUUGCAUCCGCCGACGACGUUUUUGAUUUUAGCUCUCGUUAGGAAGGUUCCGAAAAAUAUGGCCGCCUUUCUUUAUUAAAAAAAAAGCAUGUAAUUCGUUAAAUUCCAAACUAAAAUAGUGACAAUAAAAUAGUUAUCGAUCAAUUAUUAGAUAUCGGGUAAAACAAGCGCGAGGGGUCGUUGAUUUAGAUUAAGAUGAGUGUGGACGCUUACGGGCCGAGUUCGCAGACGUUGACUUUUCUGGACACAGAGGAAAACGACAUAAUCGGAGCCGACACUCAAGGGUCACAGUAUGAUUUCACGGAUUUUACACUACCCUCACAAAGCCAGACUCAGCCGUCGCAGUUGGACGUCGGAGCCGGUCAAAUCCAGGUCAAUGGGAAACUCAACAUAGACAUUGAUGGUGUGGUAUCUGCCACAGCACAGAAGCUAGGAGAACUUCAGUUUGAGGAGGAGGAGGAAGAUGCCUUUUACAAUAAAGAAUUGCCUCUUUACGCUUGUAAAUACUGCGGAAUCCAUGAUCCUAGUUGUGUUGUUAUGUGUAAUGUCUGUAAAAAAUGGUUUUGUAAUGGUCGUGGGAAUACAUCAGGAUCCCACAUAAUCAACCAUCUUGUUAGGGCAAAGCAUAAGGAAGUAACUCUUCACAAGGAUGGACCACUAGGUGAAACUAUAUUAGAAUGCUAUUCUUGUGGUGUAAGGAAUGUUUUUGUGUUGGGAUUUAUUCCGGCAAAGGCAGAUUCGGUUGUGGUGCUCUUAUGCCGCCAACCUUGUGCAGCGCAAAACUCCUUGAAAGAUAUGAACUGGGAUCAAGAGCAGUGGAAACCGUUAAUUUCUGACAGGUGCUUUUUAUCAUGGCUCGUUAAAGUUCCUGCAGAGCAGGAUCAAUUACGAGCGAGACAGGUCAAUGGAACUCAGAUAGCCAAAAUGGAAGAACUUUGGAGAGACAACGCAGAUGCAACAUUUUCAGACCUUGAAAAGCCAGGUGUUGAUGAAGAACCUCAGCAAGUCCUUUUAAGGUAUGAAGAUGGUUAUCAAUAUCAAACAAAUGGUUAGAACAUUUUUGGCCCUCUUGUCAAACUGGAAGCUGAUUACGACAAAAGAUUGAAAGAAUCCCAGACUCAAGAGAAUGUUGAAGUCAGAUGGGAUGUGGGGCUUAACAAGAAGAUCAUUGCAUAUUUUACCCUAGCAAAAUCUGAUGGAGAUAUGAAAUUAAUGCACGGAGACGAAUUGAGAUUGCGUUAUUUGGGUGAAAUGCACAAAGCUUGGUCUGGAGUCGGCCAUGUCAUAAAGAUUCCAGACAAUUAUGGGGAAGAAGUGGGAAUUGAAUUGAAAUCGACUGUAGGAGCUCCGACCGAUUGCACAUCAAAUUUUGUUGUCGACUUCAUAUGGAAAAGCACAAGCUUUGAUAGAAUGCAGUUCGCUCUGAGGAAAUUUGCUGUAGACGAUGUCUCAGUCUCUGCUUACAUUUACCAUCGGUUGCUGGGCCAUGAUGUUGAAGAUAUGCUUUUUAGAGUGCAUUUACCAAAACAUUUCUCAGCCCCUAAUCUUCCCGAUCUUAAUCGAUCACAAGUUUAUGCAGUUAAGCAUACGCUUCAAAGGCCGCUUUCCUUGAUCCAAGGUCCUCCAGGUACAGGAAAGACAGUAACCUCUGCCACCAUAGUGUUUCAGCUUGUUAAACAAAACGGCGGCCCUGUGCUAGUAUGUGCUCCAUCAAAUAUUGCUGUCGACCAAUUAACUGAAAAAAUCCAUAGAACGGGAUUGAAGGUUGUCAGAGUUUGUGCAAAGUCUCGGGAGGCGAUAGAUUCACCGGUGUCUUUUCUAGCCCUUCAUAAUCAAAUUCGUAAAAUGGACUGCAAUACAGAACUUCAGAAGCUGCAGCAGCUGAAGGAUGAGACUGGAGAAUUAUCUUCUGUUGAUGAAAAGAGAUAUCGAAUGUUGAAAAAAUCUUCUGAAAAAGAGCUCCUCGAUGCUGCUGAUGUCAUUUGUUGUACUUGUGUCGGAGCAGGGGAUCCAAGGUUAAUAAGGCUCAAGUUUCAUUCAAUCCUUAUUGAUGAGAGUAUGCAAGCGACAGAACCAGAAUGUAUGGUACCAGUUAUUCUUGGGGCUAAACAGUUAAUUUUAGUCGGAGAUCACUGCCAAUUAGGGCCUGUAGUCAUGUGCAAAAAAGCUUCACGUGCUGGGUUGUCUCAGUCAUUAUUUGAGAGGCUAGUUGUUCUUGGUAUACGACCUUUUAGGUUAGAAGUACAAUACCGUAUGCACCCUGAGCUCUCAAGGUUUCCUUCUAAUUUCUUUUAUGAGGGAUCUCUACAGAAUGGUGUCAGUGCAGAUGAAAGAAAACUGUCAAAAGUUGAAUUUCCUUGGCCUGUACCUGACAAACCCAUGCUGUUUUAUGUGACACAAGGUCAGGAGGAAAUCGCCGGAUCUGGAACCUCAUAUUUAAACAGGACUGAAGCUUCGAAUGUCGAGAAAAUGACGACUAGGUUUCUUAGAGCUGGAGUCAAGCCAGAGCAGAUAGGAGUUAUAACACCUUACGAAGGCCAAAGAGCUUAUCUUGUGCAAUACAUGCAGUAUCAAGGAGCACUUCACUCAAAACUUUACCAAGAAAUUGAAGUUGCCAGUGUUGAUGCUUUUCAGGGUAGAGAAAAAGAUUUAAUAAUUAUGUCUUGUGUGAGAUCGAAUGAACAUCAAGGUAUCGGCUUUCUAAAUGACCCUAGGAGAUUAAAUGUAGCUCUAACAAGAGCUAAAUAUGGCAUUAUUAUUGUUGGAAAUCCAAAAGUACUUUCCAAGCAACCUUUAUGGAAUCACUUAUUGAAUUUUUACAAAGAGCAGAAAGUGCUUGUAGAAGGUCCUCUAAAUAAUUUGAAGGAAUCACAAAUUCAGUUUUCAAAGCCAAAGCAAAUAGUCAACACUGCCAAUCCUGGAACGCAUUUUAUGUCGACUACAGUUUAUGAUGCCCGUGAAGCAAUGGUGCCCGGUAGUAUCUAUGACAGAAGUAGUGGUUCAAAUAAUCCUUCACAUUAUUAUCCUAGGCCACCAGCCGGUAGUGGGAUGGACUUGUUCUCUAGACCUCAUGACCCUAUUAGUUAUAUAUCUGCAGACCGAGCUCAAGCAGCAAUAUCUAACAUGCCUGUUCCACUGGGAAUGUUUAUGAACAUGACUCAUGUCCCUCCACGUUUCUACAAUCAGCACCAACAAGCACUCCAAGCAAGGCAAAAUCAAAGAGGCGGAAGGUUAGGAAGUGGACGUGUUCGUAACAAGGGAAUUAACGUUAAGAAUAAAUUAGCUGCUCUUAGCCAAAGCAAUAGUCAGGAUAUUACUCAGCCUUACAGCCAAGGAAUUACUCAGGCCAUGUCUCAGGGUAUGUCUCAACCUGGACUUAGUUUAUCUCAAGCUGGCUUAUCCCAAGCGGAACUUUCUCAAGAGUCGUAUUUGGUGGGUGAGUUUCCAUCUCAAGUAGAUGGUCUUCUUUCUCAAGAUUCGACAUACCAAGGCGAGAGGUCGUCUUUCUACACUCCACCAAAUCCUCAUUUUUCGCAGCCUUAUUGAGAAACCUCAUGAGUAUGGGAUGUACACAAAAACAGCAAGAAAGCAACAUGGCUGCUGUUGAAACAUUGGGCACUGAGCCCUGAGCAACAAGGCGCUAAGCGUUCUACGAGGAGGAGAUAUAAAAUCAUAAAUACUGGAAAGAAAAUCUGUCCAAACGGUCACUUCUAGAAAGCACUGGGAAGUGCAGAUAAACCACCUCAUUUUACAAACACUGUUGGAGUUUUGUUGUAACAACUAGCUAAUUUUUGUUUUUAUUCUGAAAAAUCCAUUAUAAAUCAUAUUUUUAAAUCACAUUAAAAGCCAUAUUUACACUCAUUGAUUGAGUAUCUGAAUUAAAUCUGUACGUUAUUUUCUCUUAUAUGAAAGUUAGGUGGUGUAUAGCCAGCUUUUGUGCUAAAUAUCAAGAAGCACCCAUUUUCAACACGAUUAGUAUUUGCAUUAUCUUUUAAUAUUAUUAAUUGUUCCUCAUUAAGCAAAUACAUGUUUGUUUUGCAACAUUAUUUUUCAGAACCACUUGUCAGUUUUUGUUAUUUAUAUAUGCAAUUUAUUUGAGGAAUCUUGUUUGUUAUGUCAAAUGAAAUAAAAGAAAGAAUUAUUUUGUUAGAGAAUAUAUUAUAAAGAAAUGUUACAUAUUUUUGUACACUUGUGAUUUUUUUUAAUUAUCUUUUUUUAUUAUUAUUAUUAUAUUCAUAAUUAAGUUUGCAUUGCAAACAAUAAAAAGUAGGAAACAGAACAUAGCCGCUGCGUGCUUAACAACAGAAGUGAACCACCCAGAAACAAAUCUAUUUAACAAGUGGAGUAAGAAGUAGUCGAUUCAUUGGCUUUUUCACAAAUUAAUGUUAUAAAAUUU